UUCAAUUCGUCGUGGUUUUGACAACCGUACAAAAGCUAAAACAAAAUAUUCUGAGUUCUUACGGCCUAUCACUCACCUGUACAUGUUUGUCUUUUUACAUUCCUUCACCAUUUCGUUAUCAAAGCAGAUUCUGGUCUCUGUUCUGAAGAAAUUAUUGGUCUUCAAUCAAAUUUUGAAUAAAGAUUAAUUUCUAAAUAGGGAAACAGCAUUGUUUGAUUUGUGAAAAAGAAUGCGGCUGAUGUGACGCAGGCUUUUAAUGUGAAAUACACUGGAAAUAUUUCAAAAGCACAUAGAAUCAAUUUAUUAUUUGGCUUUAGCAGUAGUCCUAUGAAUUCCUGUGCUGAAAAAAAGAAGUAUCGUCAAACAAACAAUUAGCGGAAACACACAUUAUUAAAUAAAAAUGCUAUCAUUUGUGCGAAAGACUCCCUCAGCUGCGAACUUUUUAAGGCGUGCAACUGUGUGCUACACCGGUAACAGAAUCGGAGAUUCAAAUGUGCGAUGCUUUAGUAAAAUGAUCGGAAGAAGUCCCGUUUGCUCUGUACCUUGCUUGAAUUUGCGACGGACUAAAGUGAUGGCGGCACCUCAUAUUAUUCACCAGCAAGAACACAAAUUCAGCGAGGGCAAAGAAUACCAUGGCUUUAAAUGCAUCCGUGUAGAGUUGGUUCCGGAAUUCGGAAUCAUGUCAUAUACAUUUCGGCAUAUCGGAAGUGGUACCGAGUUGUGGUAUUUAGAUAGAAAGGAUUCAAAUAAUGUAUUUUCUGUAAACUUCCGUACCACGCCAUUCGAUUCAUCUGGUUUGCCACACAUUCUGGAGCACAGCGUAUUAUGCGGUUCUAAGAAAUAUCCCGUGCGGGAUCCGUUUUUCAAAAUGUUGAAUCGAUCUAUAGCUACUUUCAUGAAUGCCAUGACAGGACCAGACUACACUAUGUACCCAUUUUCAACUAUGAAUGAAACAGACUUCAGAAACUUACAAAAAAUUUAUUUAGAUGCAGUAUUCAGACCGAAUUUGGAAUAUUUGGAUUUCCUACAGGAAGGUUGGCGUCUAGAGCACUCUAAUGUACACGACAAAUCUUCCGAAUAUGUAUUGAAAGGCGUAGUUUAUAAUGAGAUGAAAGGAGCAUUCUCUGAAAAUAGUUCAAUAUUCUCCCAAAACCUGCUUAAUAAUUUACUACCAGACCAUACAUAUGGAUUUGUAUCCGGUGGAAAUCCACUUGAAAUACCGAAGCUUACGCACAAAAAUUUGGUAGAUUUUCAUUCCAAAUAUUAUCAUCCAAGUAAUGCACGCAUCUACACAUACGGAAAUUUUGAUAUACAAAAGACACUUGAAUAUGUAAACAGUGAAUACUUAAGCCAAUAUGAGCGUAUAGAUAACUCUUACAGCCGCAUACCAAGCCAAAUUCGUUGGAAAAAGCCAAGAAAUGUACAUAUAUCCAGCCGUUUUGAUAAUAUGGGUGCAGCUUUCGAAAGGCAAAAUCAAAUAGCGAUCGCUUUACUAAUGUCAGAUGUAACUGACACACAGGAAACCUUUGUACUGCAUGUGCUAUCUGAAUUGCUUGUACGAGGUCCAAACUCUUCAUUCUACAAAAGUCUUAUCGAACCUAACUUCUCUGGCGGAUAUAACCAAGCAACUGGGUAUGAUCCACAAAUAAAAGACACAUUUUUUUGUGUGGGCUUGCAAGAUUUACGAGUUGAAGAUUUCGCACGGGUACAAGAUCUAUUUGAUAAGACCAUAAAUCAAGUAAUCUCUGAAGGAUUUGAUUCUAGCCACGUGGAAAGUGUACUACAUAAUAUCGAGUUGCUACUAAAACACCAGAGUCCACAAUUCGGAAUGGGUUUGCUAUUUAAUUCCACACCUUUAUGGAAUCAUGAUGGUGAUGUGGUUUCCAACCUACGCUUAUCAAAUAUGAUUGCGAAUUUCCGACAUAAUCUACUUGAAGAUCCAAAAUAUUUGCAGCGAAAGGUGGAACAAUAUUUCGCAACCAAUACACAUCGUCUGACAUUGACUAUGUCCCCUGAUGAUCAUUACGAAGAUAACUUUAGAACAGCUGAGCUGGAUUUAUUAAAACAAAAAAUAAUGUCUUUGGAUGAUAUAAAACGUAAAGAAAUUUAUGAAAACGGCAUAAAACUGGAACAGGCGCAAAAAGGCACACCAAACUUGGAAUUAUUACCAUGCUUAAGUUUAACCGAUGUGGAAGAAAUGCCUAAAAUGCCUUCUUUAGAGGUACUACGUAUAGAUAAAGUGCCGACGCAAGUAUGCCAAGUUCAUACAAAUGACAUUUCAUAUUUGAAAUUGCAUUUCAACGGUACAAACUUGAGUCACGACGAAGUUAUGUUAUUGCCACUUUUUUGUAAUAUCGUUAAUGACAUGGGGACAAUUAAUUACGAUUUUAGAGAAUUUGAUAAAUUGGUUUUAUCAAAAACUGCUGGUAUCGAUUUUAAAUUACAUUUUGCAGAAAAUAUUUAUGACAGCAAAUCGUACUUACUGGGCGUUUAUAUGACUACACAUGCGCUUAACAAAAAUGCGGCUGAUAUGUUUUCAUUAUGUACGGAAUUACUUACAAAAUUUAAGUUGGACGACAUUGAUCGUUUAGGUAUGCUUAUCGAUAAUUAUGUGUCCAACAUUUCAGUGGGAAUAGCCAGCUCGGGACAUUUAUAUGCAAUGCAAAGCUGUGCAGGCUUAGUGACAAACGCUGCGAAAUUGAAGUCUUUGCUCUCAGGUGUGGAGCAUAUAGAAUUCAUGAAAAACUAUGUUAAACAAAGUAAGACUGAAGAGAUUAGAGAGAAACUUAAAGUUAUUGGUCAGAAACUGUUUUUGAAAAACGUCAUGCGCUGUUCUCUAAACACCUCCGAAGAAUUCUAUUCCACUCUUAUCAAGAAUUAUGAAAAAUUCCUAUCUGAUAUGCCAGUACAAGCAGAAUCGAACAAACAGAGUGAUCAUAGCAUUAGUCUACUUGAACCUAGCCAACAACACUUCGUCAUGAAUAUCCCAGUGAAUUAUUGUGCCAAGGCAUUCUUUGCCGUACCGUAUACACAUCGGGAUCAUCCAACACUGCGUGUUAUCGCAAAAUUAAUUUCUGCCAAAUAUUUGUUGCCAGUAGUAAGAGAACAGAACGGAGCAUAUGGUGCGGGCGCGAAAAUCGGUUCAGAUGGUAUUUUCUGCUUCUUCAGCUAUCGUGAUCCAAAUUCAUCUAAAACUCUUAAAGUAUUUAACAAUACAUACCAGUGGCUGCAGGAAAACAUCGCCGAAAUAACCGAACAAGCUUUGUUUGAAGCAAAAUUGGGUGUAUUGCAACAGUUGGAUGCCCCUAUUGCGCCAGGGAAUAUGGGUAUUGACUUCUUCCUAUAUGGUGUUUCACAGGAAAUGUUCGCGAAAUACCGGGCACGCUUGCUAUCAACGUCGGUUGACGAAUUGAAAAAUGUCGUCGAACGUUAUUUUAAAAAUGAACCUGAGCAUUUCGGCAGCUGUUUGCUGGGACCCGAAAAUAAGGGUUUAGAAGCGGAGACAAACUUAAAGUGGAAAGUCAUUUCCUAAUGGUACUGGCUGAUUUAAUUAAAAAUUUAAAGUUAAUACGCUUAUAGUAGUUGUGGUUAAUUAAUAUACGCGAUAAGCAUGGAACUAAAUCAACGUAAGAGUAUGUAAUUAACUCCGGUAGGGUAUCUAAGUUUUGAGAAACUUAACAACUUUUAAUUAUGAAAUGUGUGUUUCUGACCAAUGAUAAUCUUCGUUUUUCAAUUAUACAAAUAUUUCAAUGUUCAACUAAAUGCUAAAACAAUAUUUAUUCAGUAAA